AUGAAGAGUCUCCUUUCGAUUCUGUCCCAUGUGGUCCACGGAUAUGUGGGGAACAGAGCAAUAACUUUUCCUUUGCAAUAUAUGGGGUGGGAUGUCGAUGCAAUUAAUACCACCAACUACUCUAAUCACCCUGGCUAUGGAAGUUUACAAGGUAGAGCAUUGACUCCAGAUGCCGUAAAGGAUAUAUUGCAGGGGUUGCAUCACGUUUUAGAUUUGAACUCGUAUGAUCUAAUCUUGACUGGGUACACUCCGAAUGCUGAUGUACUUCUGGUGGUUAAAGCUGAAGUUGUGCAGGUGUUGCAGAAACAAGAAGGGAAGAUUCCGCAUUGGAUUGUUGAUCCUGUACUAGGAGACAACGGCAAAUUGUAUGUUCUGGAGAAGGUAAUACCUGUUUACAAGGAGAUUUUAUCUACGGAAUUGGUGUCGUUAAUCACUCCCAACCAAUUUGAAUUUGAGACCUUAAGCGAGGCUAAGAUAACCGAUUGGCGAGCAUGUGAAGUGGCAAUCAAGGCUUUCGCAAAAAAGUACAACAUCGGCAAUAUUGUAAUCUCUUCGGUGGAGAUAGAUAAUCAAUUGCACUGUGUGGGUUACACAGAUGGUGAAAUAUUUAGUAAACCAAUACGCAAAAUUGAUUGUGAUUUUAAUGGAUGUGGAGAUUUGUUUACUGGAUUGAUGGCGAACUCAUACUAUGAAAACGGCUAUAAGAUCACACCAAAAUCCAUUUCGUCAGUUUUGCUGACAUUACACAACAUUCUUCAAUUCAGUUAUGAUUUCGAACUUCAAAUACUGGGACAGGCUCCCAAGGUUGUAAAAGAUAUCAAAGUUGUUGCAGCAAAGAAGUAUUUAUAG